AUGCGCUUCCUUAAUGGAAUACUAUCGGAUAUCAGUGUGUACGCCCAGUCAUUUAAGAUGAUGCAUGAUGUAGAACAGGCAGCAUCGGGAACAGUAUCAACGUCAACAUCCGCUCGAGAACUGGAGCAGCGGCAGCACGAUCUCCCAACUGCAAAUGAAAUUGCCGUGAUUAUACGGGUGAAGACGACGAUGUUCCUACAAAUAGAAGUCUUGCAGUCCUUCUCAUCAGCAUCCGCGUCAUUGAUGAGACCUGUCCAGACCAGACCAGAAGAUCGACUUGGGCAAGGUGGUUGGGAGCCAGCCUCGAUAAAUACAGCUGGAGCCCGCAUCACCCAGAAGGAAUAUUAUUGUAGAAACAGUGUUAUGCAUAUUUGUUCUCAUUUGGCGAUUCUUUUGAUCCGAUUCUACAUGCGGAAACAUCAUGCCAACAAUUGCUGUUGA